AUGGCGUUUCCAUUCUUGCUACAGCUACUCAUCAUCUCCACACUUGUCGUAUCGUUGUAUCUUAGGUUGUGGAGAUCAAUGAAUGGCUCGUUGCGCCCCAUAGACUGGCCAGUAGUUGGCGUUCUGCCGGGCCUCAUUUCUAGGCUCCACAACCUACACGACGAACUCACAGUCGUCCUUGCCGCCUCCGGCUGCAACUUCAAGGCACAAGGGCCACUAGGAAGUGGCAUGCGGUUCUUCAUUACCGCUGACCCGGCAAAUGUCCGGCACAUCUUCACCUCCAACCAUGCGAACUACCCCAAGGGCGAGGAGCUCGCCGAGAUCUUCGACAUCGUGAGCGGCAGCAUCCUCACCGUCGACGGCGAGGCCUGCCGCCAGCAGCGGGGGAUGUUCCAGAGGGUCCUGAGCAACCCACGGGUACUUGAGCUGAUGUCCCGUUGCUGCCGGGACAAGGUGGUGGAUGGCCUGCUCCCGUUCUUAACCCGCAUGGAGAGUGCCAGGACCCCGUUAGACAUGCAGGACCUGAUGACGAGGCUCAUAUUCGACCUCACUGCCACUCCGAUCUUCGGAGUGGACCCUGGUUGCCUAUCUGCCGACAUGCCAUCGAUUCAUGUCGCGGCCGCCAUGGACACGGUCAUGGAGGUCGGCCUUUUGCGGCACACUGUGCCGGCCUCCUGCUGGAAGGUGAUGAGACAGCUGAACCUUGGCCCGGAGAGGAAGCUGACCGUGGCGCACACACUGCUGCAUGGGUUCAUCACGGAGAUGAUGGAGAAGACGAGAGCCAGGUGCUCCGAUCGUGACGAGCUGGCCGCCGUGGACAUUCUUUCUGGUGACCCGGCAUACAGCAGCGACAAGGCCCUGCUGAGUAGGAUACUCAUCAACUACAUGAUCGCUGGCCGGGACACUGUUGGCACAACACUGCCGUGGGUUUUCUACAACCUCGCCAAGAAUCCCCGCGUCGUCUCCGGCAACAUGGUGUUCUUUGAGUCGGAGGAGACUAAAGAUCUAGUCUACCUUCAGGCAGCCUUGUUCGAGUCUCUGAGGCUGUACCCGCCAGGCCCGUUCGAGCGCAAGGUGGUGGUUGCCGAUGAUGUUCUCCCAAGCGGCCACCGGUUGUGCUCUGGCGAAACCAUCCUGAUCUCCAUCUAUUCCAUGGGCAGGAUGGAAGCCUUGUGGGAGAAGGAUUGCCAUGAGUACAGGCCCGAGAGGUGGCUCUCUGAAGAUGGCGGUAAGCUGCGGUAUGUGCCAUCUCACAAAUUCAUGGCUUUUAACUCAGGGCCGAGGAUGUGCCUUGGCAAGGACAUAGCAAUCACGCAGAUGAAGACAAUUGUUGCCGCCGUCAUAUGGAACUUCGAUUUGGAGCUGUUGGAAGGGCAGAGCAUCCAGCCCAAGCUGUCGUGUAUUCUACAAAUAAAGAACGGGCUCAAGAUGAAGGUUAAGAAGAGGUAG